CUACCACUAGAUGGAAGCAGAAGAGCCUCAUACCACCAUGGAUGCAGAGGAGCACCCUUCUUCAAAGGACCCCUCUGCUGAGGACUCACAGCAGCCCCCUAUCCCUGACACCCCCUUGGAGCCUUCCAUCUCUGAGACUCCUUUAGAGUCCCCCACCUCUGAAUCUCAGAUGAUGCCACCCACUUCCCAUACUGAGUUAGAGACCUCCACCUCUGAGAACCCCUUGGAGCCUUCCGUCUCUGAGACUCCUUUAGAGUCCCCCACCUCUGAAUCUCAGGUGAUGCCACCCACUUCCCAGACCCCUUUAGAGACCUACACCUCUGAAACCCUUUUGGAGCCUUCCAUCUCCAAGGCCUCUUUAGAACACUCUAUCUCUAAGGUCCCAGAGGACCUUACUUUAUAUAACUCAUCACCAGACCAUGUCUCUGAUGCUCUGAAGAAAGGCCUCUCCUCUGAGAUCUCAUGGCCAGGAAGUUCCACACAAAUCCAUGAAUCUGAGAUCCUUCCAGAGUAUUCCCUUUUAGGCCCUUCAGCCAAGGUCCACCUGGACACAUUUGCAGAGGAAAGGAAAGAGGAAGGAGAGGACAAGGAGGGGGAGGAUGCCACUGUCAGCACCACUCACACAGCUCAGCCUGGACGUCAUCUGGGUGAUACAGCCAGUCCAGUGGUCCUUGCGAAGCAGGCAGAGCUGGUGGAAGUGCCUGAGGCAAUGCAAAGAGAAAAGUUUGGUGCUCAUGUGAACAACCCUUACCAAUGGGAGAAGAAUGCAGCCCUGAAGGCCACCCAGACAGGUCUCUACAUUGGCUGGCGUUGCCCCCACUAUCUAUGGGACUGUUUCCGAAUUGGAGAUGAAUCCAAGUGCUUUUGUGGACACUUGUUGAGAGAGCACCGGAUCACAUCAGACAUAUCCGUGCCUUGCAAUGUGAAUCAGUGCCGCUGCCUCAUGUUCUGCUUUAUACCAUCAAGCCCAGAGGAGGUGGGUGAGUUCUGGCUCAAGAGGCGGGCCACCUUUGACCCCAAGGCCUGGAGAGCCCAAUGUCGCUGCAAACACAGCCAUGAAGACCAUGCAGCUACCGGGUGCCAUCCCUGCAGGGUCAAAGGCUGUUGCUGCUACUGCUUUGAGUCAAAUUUCCUCUGUGCAGCCUGUGACCGGCGUUGGGAGGAACACGAGACUUUCUUUGAGACUGAGGAGACCCGGCGACGAGGAGGGAGGCCUCGCGGGACAGACACUGUCAACAGCUGGCACAGGCCUGUGUGAGCUUGGUCCAAAUCAGCAAUAAAAGAGAAGACACUGGA